AUGGCAAUCCCCUUGCUGAUACACCGCUCAGCUGCGACUAUCGACGCCUUCGAGUAUUUCCAGAGCGAGCAAGACUACGGUCGCGUGGCGGUGGACACCGAGCUCGGCCGGGUGGUGGGCAGGGUCUUGCGGGGAGGCGUGCGCGGCUUCCUUGGGAUCCCGUACGCCCUGCCGCCGCUGGAGAAGCUCCGCUUCGAGCCGCCGGUGCCCCUGGCGUCGUGGGGGAGCGAGAGGCUCGAGGCGCUCGAGUUCGGGGCGGAGUGCAUGCAGAGCAUCGAGGGCAACCCGAUAUCCUCUGCCUCCCCCUCUUCACUGCCUCGGUCUCUGUGCACCCGGAGGUCCCCCGCUGUCUGUUUCGGAAGACUGGAUCAACGGCUCGGGCUGGAGUGGGUGCACGACAACGUGGCCAGCUUCGGCGGUGAUCCCGGGCGUGUGACCCUGUUCGGGGAGUCCGCCGGCGCCAUGUCCAUCGGGCAGCACCUGCACAUGGACGGGGCGGGGGUGCUGUUCCAACAGGUCGUGAUGCAGAGCAACCCCAUGGGUUACCGGUUCCGGUCGGUCACCGUUGCAAACUUCUUGGGCGAGGCGAUGAAGCGCGGGCUUGACUGCUUCAGCCUGGACUGUCUCCAGACGGAGCCGGCUUCGGAGGUGAUGCGCGUGCAGGAGUCCAUCAUGGGGCUGCCGCGCAGCGUCGGCGACUUCUUCACCUGGGGGCCCGUGAUCACAGACCGAAACUACCGGAGGCACGUGGGUAAGCACCGCAAGACGUGGAACUGCGACACCUACGAGGAAGAGGCGGAGGAGAGAGAGCGCCAGGAGAGCCGCACCGUCACGCUCACCGGUCUCGCCCUCGCCGCGGCGGCGGAGCACGCCUCCGCCGCUAAGGCCCCGGGGGGCCGCGGGGUGAUGAGUAGGGGGAGGGGCAGGGAUGAGGGCCAGGCGCUCCCCCCCGUCCCUGUGAUGCUCGGGGUUAACUCGCACGAGGGGCUCAUGUUCGUCCACGGAGCGUUUCCGGUGACGAUGCCCAAGCUGGUGUACUACUCGUUCGUGACGGCGCUGUUCCGGACGAGCGUGAUCGGGGUCCUCCGCGCCUACGGCCACCUGGCCGACCAGUGCGAGGAGUCCGGGGACUAUCGCAGAGUCAUGUCUCAGAUCAUGCACGACUACCUCUUCCGUUGCCCAAACCUACGGGCGGCCCAGCUGCUCCAGGAGCAAAACGGACGGGACGCUCCCGUGUUUGUGUACGAGUUCAGCCACCCCACUGAAGUCCCAGGUUUCCCGGAGUGCUCCGGAAGCUCGUGCCACACGGCAGAGCUGCCGUACGUCUUCAAUAACACGUCGUCCUCUCCGGGCGAGGAGGUUGCAGGCGCGAUCGGUGGCGGGGGCGCCGGGCUGGCGGGGAGGGUGGCGGCCGACCUGACGGAGAUGGCGGCCGACGCUCUCGCCGUUUCGGUGGCGGAAGGCGAUGAAGAAGGAGAAGGAGAAGGAGAAGGAGGAGGUGAUGAUCAUCACGGAGGAAACAGAGGGGAAGAGCAGCCGGCGGCGGCGACGGUAACUGUCGAGCCGCAUUUUUCGUCGGGCAGGGGAUCAAGAGCGACGGCGGCGAAGGAGGAGGCGGAGGGUAGCGAGGCACUCACGGGGGGGGAGUCAUCAGGGCGUGCGAAUUCCGAGGAAACCCUAGGAGUGGGCGGCAGAAGGGGGGGAGGCGACGACGCUGAUGCGGCGGGGCACUCCGAAACGAUGGCGGAGGCCGAAGGCGGACCGGGAGCCGUCAGGCGACGAGACAUCGACACUGACAACGGUAGCAGCGUGAGCAGAACCAGCAGCGGUAGUGUCCCCGGGGCGGGUGAGCGGGGGCUCGGAGGGAGCAGCUGCGCCGCGAUGGCGGGGGGCGGCGGCGCCGGCGGUAGCGACGACGUCGAAGAGGCGCGUUCGGAGGAAGGAGGGGGGGGUGAUUCGGCGGCGCCCCCGAAGGAACCGAGGCGGCCGAGCGUCCACGAGGCCGCCGAGGCGGACAUGCUUGUUGCGGAGGCGAUGGUGACCUAUUGGGCGAGCUUCGGCAAGGCGGGAGACCCAAACAGCGCGAACGCGCCCGUGGUGUGGCCGGCGUGGGAGGGACGCCGACUGACCGCGCAGGGGAACACCGCGGGCGCGGCAGCGAUGGCCGCCUUGCUCGCCUCGGGCCACGGGGGCGUGGGGAAGGGCUCCUUCUCCGACGUGUUCGCGGACGCGUGGUCGCAGGCGAGCCCCACGGCUGCGGCGGGGGCGGGGGCGGGGGCGGCGGGGGGGUCGUGGCAGGGUGGGCCGUACUUCUUGGAGAUUAAGGCUCGCCCGGAGACGCGAGAGGCCCAGCGGGAUUGCAUGUGCGAGUUCUGGGAUCGGCUCAAGUAUCGUCACUGAUGGUGUUGUGAUGGGGGGGUGUUGGAUGCGUGUUAUAUGUCGUCGAGUGUUGUCACGUUUGUUCCAUCUUACUUAAUAGAGUCAAUUUUUGUGUGUUUGUCGUCUUUUGACGCGUUUUCUCUCGUCAGCUCUCGGAGCGUGCGUUUCUUCAGAGUCGGCCGGGUGGAGACAUUCAUUUCGCGACUUGAGUAGCAUGAAGAUCAGUCUUGCGGCGGUUUGGUGUGGUUCUGAUGUGUGGCGACCGGGCGUUUUCGGCCGCCGACUCUCAUUCUCUGGGUGCAUGAGUUUUGUACAUAUAGCGCUGUCCCCCUUUCCUGUAGAGAUUUUACUAGCAAAGAAAAAUGUUUCUUUUUCUCGUUCGUGUGUAUAGCCGGAGGUACAUACGUUGACGUGUAUCAGGGUCACCCCCGUUUGCUGUCAGACUCCGUGCCGUGCCCACUCGUGUGUUAUCUUACGGUGUUGUGAAACUUUUUUUUUUUUUGUACACGGCGUUGGAAGAAUUCGGCGUCGGACGUCCCUCCACUUCUCUCGGUGAUGAGUGGUGGAUCCUACACUACGGUCGACGUCGGCGACGACACGUGAAACUGCGCCAAACCGGGGGCAAAACCCGAACUUGAGCCCCAAAAUUCUGCGGACCAAAAUAUUUUGGCCAACAUAGAGGUUGAUGAUGACGGCGGCAGGUUGGGCAGAGUCGUCGCGGAUUUGUCGCGGAUUUUACGGAGAGACCGAGGUCUGCUCUCAGUGUGAGGAUGUAGUCUAUGUGCGUUUUCUCCUGCCUGUCUGCGGGUAGGAGAGGAAGGCAGUAGGAUGCGAAUGAAUACAUACCUCGACGCCCGGGCCCCCGUCGUCUUCUUCCGAGAAAAGUUGAAGUACAUUGGAACCUAUGAGCCGAGCGUUGAGAGUUCGGAGUGUAAGAGUAAAGAAGGGGGGGAGGCAACUCUUUAUUUGCGGCAAGGAAGCGACAGUAACAGCAGGGGUGGUACUACUGUACUGCUUAAGUGAGGCUCCCCAAGUGCCGGUAUGUGCCCGACAGAUUCACCGAUGGCACGAUACCGGGAACCCGGCACUAUCUACUGAGUACAAUAUCACUAUUCGGGGAAUGAGACAGCUCGAAUAUUCCAUCAAUGUCCCGCAGUUUCACCGACGUUAUACCGGGCGAUGGCAACCAUUCGACCGGCAGUAUUGCUACGCUCAGCAACAGCCACAGGUUAUUGCUUGCCAGGCUGCCCGCCUCUUGAGCAUCGACAGCGUUGUUUGAUUCAACUGAUUUUGGGUGGCAAGUUCCACUCUUUGUGGCAUUCGGAGGUAGCCAUAUGGUGAUGAUGCGUUACGCCAUGGUUGAGAUGUUGUGCUCUAUGACGUCAUGCAAUAUUCCGGCUUUGUGCGGAGUCAUGUGCCCUCCUGUUUGGUGCGCGUUCUUGGUUUGUUUGUGUUGGAUUUCCGGCUGCAUCGUGUACUUGCAAGAAGGCGAGAGGAGAGCUUAGAACAUAUAGGAAGGCAGCCCGUACUCUUUCUGUCGUCGGACAAGUUUCACACAG